CUUAACCCACUCCCCCUAGUGAGAGGCGCUGAUUUGCCUUUCACAUAAUUUUCUGCAGAAGUUUUGUGAAGUGACCGAGGCACCGUGCGACCUCAAGUUACGAAAAACUGUCACACAUCCUCCGAGGACUAACUUUUCCGCAUCUGGAACGUGGAUAUUGGACGUUCAAUAACGGGGCAGGCUUAUAAAUCGAGCCCAUCAUCCUGGACGGGCUGAAAAGUUUCAAGCGAGCGAAAUGAAUCGGAGCUUUAGUAAUAAAUCGCAAUCUUUGCGUAGCUUGAACAUGAACGCCGUGGAAGUGAAAAGCAAGUAUGGAGCAGAGUUCCGCAGGUUUUCAGUGGAUCGACUAAAACCCGGCAAAUUUGAGGAAUUCUACAAACUCAUCAUGACAAUCCACCGGAUUGCAAACAUGGAGGUGAUGAUCGGAUACGCCGAUGUUCACGGAGACCUCCUCCCCAUCAAUAACGAUGAGAACUUCUGCAAGGCCGUGUCCACCGCACACCCCCUGCUGCGACUCUUUAUCCAGAGACAAGAAGAGGUUGACUACAGCAACUUCGGCACCAGCACUCUGACUCGGAAAAAGAAGGCAGUGGUCACUCUUCGAAAUGACCUGAACCGCAAACGGCCCCACAUCCGCAUUGGCAUGCCUCAAGACUUCCGUCCUGUAUCGUCCAUUAUUGAUGUGGACAUCCUUCCUGAAUCUCACCGAAGAGUGCGACUCUACCGGCAUGGCUCGGACAAGCCCCUUGGAUUCUACAUCCGUGAUGGCACCAGUGUUCGUGUUACACCCCACGGUUUAGAAAAAGUCCCGGGUAUCUUCAUUUCCCGCCUGGUACCUGGAGGCCUGGCCGAGAGCACAGGCCUGCUGGCCGUCAAUGAUGAGGUCCUGGAAGUCAAUGGUAUUGAGGUGACAGGAAAGACAUUGGACCAGGUGACUGACAUGAUGAUCGCAAACAGCCACAACCUUAUUGUGACCGUGAAGCCGGUGAACCAACGCAACAAUGUGGUACGCAGCAGUCGUAUCUCGGGCAGCUCGGGUCAGUCAUCCGACAGCAGCGGUUCGGUGGGAUAUCCCGCCAUCACCGCUCCCACUGGUGCCACCGCCAUCUCUCAUGGCUACAGCCCAGAAGAUCUGGAGAGUGAUGAGGAGUCGGACAUCGUAAUUGAAAGCAACAUCAAGCGGCCAUCACGACGCUCCAAUGCCUCAGUGGCUUCAACUGCGUCCCGGUCCCAGACGCAAACAACCACCGUAACCCCACCCAGCCCCCCUACGCGACCCCAAACGAGACCUCCAUCCACUGUGUCCACGGCCUCUUUCCACUCUCAACCGAGCUUUAAUGGCACAGUGCACAAUAGUUUGAGUUACAAGUUGCACAAGGACCUUACCCUACAAAACAACCCCUACCACAGCAGCAACCCCGUUAUGCGGGAAAGCAAUGGCAGCCUACACAAAAUCCUCAGUAGCCUGAGGACAGACCCCCGUCACAGCCUGGCUUUACCCAGAGGAGGGGUUGAGGAGGAUGGCACAGUCAUCACUUUAUAAUACAGUCACAUAUAAAAUCCAGCCCACCCAGAGACAUCGGCUUUUCAGCCUGGGACAUCAGACUCAACUUUGAACCUCACCCAACUUUAAGGGUUUUGUAAAAUGAAUAAUUUAACAGAAACAAUAUCUGGAAUUUUACUCUUUUAAAUGUUUUUUUUUUUUUUUUUUUUAUGUGUUCUAAUGUCUUUUGUAAAAAAAAUUGUGUCCAAUUUAGUGGUAUGUCUCUUUUUCCAAGCAGAGACACUUUUUUUAUCUUGUCUAUCAGUGUUUCUCAGUUCUUGUUUAGAGGUUAAUUUUAAUCAUGUUAUCUAAAUGUGUCUUGGGACCAGAAAUUGGGUUUAGACCUGUGUGUGCGUACUGUUGUCUUCUGUUUACGGUUUGUACCUGAAAACAAACAUUUGUUCCUGGUAUAAUGAAAAAGCUGAGUAUAUUAUGCAAAUGCAAAAAUGAAUUUACUCUUAAUCAACAACCCUACCCUUUUUUUUUUUUGCCCUGUCUAAUUAAGUUAAUAACUGAAUAGAAUUAAUAAUCAUUAUUAUUAACUUUCAGUAAUGAAUGUCUGCUGUAUGCGUUUAAUGCCUUUAUUUGCAGUAAUUCACAAUUUGGCGGAUUCCCUCAGAAUGUUUGUUUCCGAAUAUUUAAAUAUCACUUGUUUCAGCGUUACAAAAUUACCUUUUUGGAAA